UCAGCUGCGUGGCCGAAGCAUCCUCCAAGAGCCCAAGACCUUUCCAGGUUCCUGUGUUUAUUUCUCGACGGGACCACCGAAAGACACUAAAAUAACUGCGGUUCAACCUCGACUCUCAUAUGCGGUCUCCAAAACCAAGACGACGCUGCAUUUGUCCUACCAAGUGCCAUGGCUAGAAAGACGGACAUCCCCUCCUCUUACUAUGGUGAGCCGCGCAAAUUUGACCCAAACUUCAGAGGACCGGUUCAUAACAGGAGCUGCACUGAUGUGGUUUGCUGUGUUAUCUUCAUCAUUGUCAUUCUCGGCUACAUCGCUCUGGGUACAGUGGCCUGGAUCCACGGGGACCCCAGGAAGGUUGUGUAUCCAACCGACAGCCACGGUCAGUUCUGCGGCCACCAGAACACCCCCAAUGCAAACAAAGCCAUACUAUUCUACUUCAACAUGUUGAAAUGUGCCAAUCCUGCAGUUUUGAUUAACCUCCAGUGCCCUACAACCCAGCUCUGUGUCUCCAAGUGCCCUGACAGAUUUGCAACUCUCCUGGAUGCGUGGAAUACCAAAAACUGGGAAUAUUACAAGCAAUUCUGCAAGCCGGGCUUCGAGAUUGGCAGCAAGAGAGUUGCAGAAGUCAUACGAGAUGAAGACUGCCCGUCUAUGAUCGUGCCAAGCAGACCUUUCCUACAGCGGUGCUUCCCUGAUUUCAUUACAAGAAAUGGAAUUUUAACUGUAGCCAAUCAGACCAUCUUCAAAGACGGUGACAAUAACAAGAGAAGUGUCAGCGACCUCAAAGAUGCUGCCAAAAGUAUGGCCAGUCUGCUGAAUGCCAAAGAAGUUGGCAUGAAGAUCUUUGAGGAUUAUGCAAAUUCCUGGGACUGGAUCCUCAUUGGUUUGGUGAUAACCAUGGCGGUCAGUCUGGUCUUUAUCCUGCUGCUGCGCUACACUGCUGGUGUGCUCCUGUGGCUCAUUAUCUUUGGUGUCAUCGCUGCAGUGGGCUACGGGAUCUGGCACUGCUACUGGGAGUACAGCACUCUGAGCGGGAAGCCAGGUGCCAAUGUCACCAUCUCUGAUAUCGGCUUCCACACAGACUUCAGCAUUUACCUUCAGCUCAGCCAAACGUGGCUCAUCUUUAUGAUCUCGCUCUCUGUGAUUGAGGCCAUCAUUGUGAUUAUGCUGAUAUUUCUGAGGACAAGGCUGCGCAUCGCCAUUGCAUUAUUGAAGGAGGGAAGCAAGGCCAUCAGCUACAUCAUGUCCACUCUCUUCUACCCCAUCAUCACCUUUUUCCUCCUGGCCAUCUGCAUUGCUUACUGGGCCGUCACAGCAGUCUUCUUAGCAUCAUCUGGUAAUGCAGUCUACAAGGUCACACCUACUGAUGAUAAAUGCAUGUAUGCCAACCUCACAUGCAGUCCAAAGACCUUCAGUCAGACCAAUAUUACCAAAGUGUGUCCCGGGUCACAAUGCAUGUUUGCCUUCUAUGGUGGAGAAAGUGUGUACCACCGCUACAUCCUCGUCCUGCAUCUGUGUAACCUGUUCGUGUUCCUCUGGCUGGUCAACUUUACCAUCGCGCUGGGCCAGUGCACCCUGGCUGGAGCUUUCGCAUCUUACUACUGGGCCCUGAGGAAGCCAACCGACAUCCCUGCAUGCCCCCUGUACUCUUCUUUUAGCCGAGCCAUACGUUACCACACAGGUUCUCUUGCCUUCGGUUCUCUGAUCCUCGCCGUGGUGCAGUUGGUCCGAAUUGUUCUCGAGUACCUGGAUCACAAUCUGAAAGGUUCUCAAAAUGCAUUCGCUCGAUUCAUGCUUUGCUGCCUCAAAUGCUGCUUCUGGUGCCUGGAACAUUUCAUCAAGUUUAUAAACAGAAACGCAUACAUUAUGAUAGCAAUAUAUGGAAAGAACUUCUGCACCUCUUCCAAGGAUGCUUUUUUUCUCUUGAUGAGGAAUGUUAUUCGGGUUGCUGUUUUGGACAAGGUGACAGACUUUCUGCUCUUCUUGGGGAAACUGCUUAUUUCAGGAAGUGUUGGUGUUCUUGCAUUUUUCUUCUUCACACGUAAGAUACCAGUCAUUCAAGAGGAGGUGCCAUCCCUAAAUUACUACUGGGUCCCCCUUCUGACGGUGAUAUUUGGAUCCUACAUGAUCGCACAUGGCUUCUUUAACGUCUAUGCCAUGUGUGUGGAUACGUUGUUCCUGUGUUUUUUGUGGGAUCUGGAGGUGAAUGACGGCUCUCCCAGCCGGCCCUUCUACAUGAACAGCACCUUGAGGCGCAUUGUCGGCAAGAAGAACAUCAAGACGACAAGAACGAGAUAGGGGAGAGUGGAGGUCAUUUACCAAAGUAUGGUAAAAGCCCAUGUGACAAUAAGCCAAAUGUAAUGUGAGUGUACACAGGUUGCCACUGUACACUAUAAUGGACAAACCAUAAGUUAAGCAACUCACAUGCUCAUAAUUUAUGGACUUGAUAGAUGGUUGGUAUUUAUAGCGAACUCCAGAAGUCAGUUUGUAUACAAAAUCAGUAUUUGUAUUGGAUGGUGUACAAAGUCACACUAAGGUCUUGUAAAUAUAUAUAUUUUAUUUUAUAGUUAUAACUGAAAUAUACAUAUAAUUAUGUAUACUUUUUACAGCCACACACUACAUAGUAAGUUCCUAUUGGAAUGACUAGUUUCUUUAUUUAUUGAGAUUGUGGUAAACUGUUGUUUUUGCUCUUAACCUCUUGUAGUUGCCAGUUUUCACCACUUGGUGGUGCCAGUUGUCACCAGGCCUCUGAUGUGUGCCGUUGUUGAGUUGUGGAUGCACUGCUGACUGAACUAGUUUUUCCAUGAAAUGGUCAAAUGUCAGCUCAUCUUUGUAUUGUGUUAUCACAGUUUUGACCUGACAUUGUCUCACAUUGAGAAACAUAUUUGCCUCUUAGCAUCCGCUGUUUUCAUAUUUAAUUGUCAAGGACAUAAUGGCACAGCAGUUCAAAGUGCUUCUCUCUUUAAGUGCCUUAUUCUUAGAAUUGCCACACUGAGUGUCUAAUUGCAUCCUUUAGCUACAUAGUUUACACUGAAGAUGCUUUUUUGAUGUUUUUAAAAGAGCCCAUUAAAGUGAUAGUCAAUAGCCAGUUAUUGAAGGUCUUGUCCAGAUGCCAGUGUUAGGAAUAAAAGGUGAAGUAGAAGGAUGCGCUGCGUUUUGACGGAUUGGAAGCAACCAUGGUCACAGGUUUAUUCUCAGCAGCUACCUGUGUGUCCAGUCAGCAAAAAAUGCCAAACUUUGACCUGCUACCAUUACAACUUUGUGCUCUUAAAAUUAUACUCCCACAAAAUCUAUCUUUUUAGUAUUAAAAAAAUCCUUUCCUUGUGGUUUUAAAGAUGGCUUCCUUUACAGAGAACAGUGGCUGUACCCUGCUUGAGCUGAUGUAAAUUACAGUGUAUUCCAAUAAUAGUAAUCACAGGCUACACACACCUGUAGAAGAACCAACCUCUUUGUUGUCCAUGUGUGCUUUGCAUGUUUCUACCACACCAAAAUAUAGGUAAAUAUGAGGUUUUAUUUGGCACUUCAAUUGUUCAUCCGUGACAAAUGACAGCAACAACCCACAAACAUAUACAACUACCUACAUGCUACAAACAGGCAGUCUCUAAUAAACUGAACACACAGGCAGAGAGCUGAGAAGUUUGCUUGAGAGGUUUAAGAUGUUUCUUUAAGUAUCUUUACAUUUUUUUUUUAAGUAUAAAUGACCACUUUACUAUUGUGAAGGUUGAGCUUCAGUCUUUGCUACUUAUAGGGUAGAUUUUGGAAGACUAUCUCUUUAAUUCUGAAGAUGAUUGAACAAAACAUGAGGCAAACAUUACUUUGUGAGUAAGGACCUUCAUUUUAAACAGUGUGAAACCUUUCUGUCACCAUGGAACCUUCUGUUAAUCCAAAGAAGGGCUCACAUUGCAAUGUAUUGUUCAGUUAUUAAAGUUUUAGUCAGAGGGUUUUUAUGUUAAUCAGUUUGUUUCUUAUUUAUUUUUUUUAGCUUGACAUAUAUAUAUUACAUUGGUUGCUGGUUGGUUGUAUGAGCAUCAGACAGCUCUGGCAUCAGACAGAGCAAAUAUGCUUGGAACAGCAGAUGUCAAGGUCAAUUUGCAUUGUAUUAAUCUGUCUAAUGGAAUUUUUAGCUGAUGAAAUCUUUUGAGGUGCAGCUGAUUCUUUUUUUUGUCUUGGAGCCAGAAUCCAGGAAAAUGCUUGAAGAACUUCUCUGCAAAAGAGGUAUUUGCAGCUUUUGGGUGUUGUCAGUUUUUAGCUAAAGGGAUUUUUGAAAUUAUAUCAAACUUCUGGUGAGGUUUUCUUUCUCACUAAAUGGAUUCGUGCAUCACUUGAAAUGAUGCUAACCUGUAGAUCUUUGAGAUGUGACUCAUUCUUGUGAGUCUUUGUACCGUGUUUGUCAAACCCUGAGAACUUGCCCUCAUGGUGCCUCGGAGUGACAGCACCGCCAGGCUUGCACACCUCCUGACGCCGUUUGAGCUGAACGCGCUGAGACACGCACAACGUAACAUUCAAUAAAAGCAAAAUAGCUCUGCUUGUGUAUCUGAAAGGAGAGUAAUGAUGCAUGUAGUGCUCAGUGUGGCAUAUUACGCAUGGAGCAUGUUAGUAUUCCUUUUUUAGACUGAAGAACUAUACUCCCAGUUAAAUUGUUUUGCUUCGUGUUCAUGCAGCUCAGGUUUCAUUCCCAUGAGGCUGAAUACCUAAGAUCUGAUAAGUGAAGUGAAAACUGUUUUUAUAUGCGCCCCCACCCCCACUCCCUCCCUCGCAUGUCUGGAAAUUAGAUUUUUUUGGUCAACCACAGUCAACAAGUAGACACAAGUAAAACCUCUGCUCGUUAGAAUGUGCGUCAGUUUUCUUACCGCAACCUCUUAAAAGUCAAACUCUGAAGAUGCAAUGCUCAAACCUGUCGAUACUCCAUUCUGUUUUGUAUGUUUGUUUAUUGUGGCUCAUUUGUGCAGACAGCUGACAGUGUCA